AUGGCAUUGCAGUCGCAGUCAUUUUCCAGCGCCUUUGCGCUGCCCAACCAGCCCGGCCAGGGCCAUGUACAGUCGCUGCGCGGCAGCAGUGAGGCUCCAGCCUCCGCUCAUUCCGCUCCGAUGCUGGGCUCUGGAGUGAUGGUAGUCAGCGCUGCCGUGGCAGCCGUGGGCAUGAAGAAGGCAAAGGCGACAAAGAAGGGCAUGCUUCGUGCCUCGCCGGAAGAGAUCAUGUUCAAGGGCGGCAUGGGAUCGGUCAGUGGAGGAACCGGCGCGGGAUCCUUCACUGCAUCGUCGGGAUCCUCCUCGUCCAGCUCUAGCUCUUCGUCCGCAUCCGUCGCCACGACAGGGCUUGGAGUGCAGGCUCCCGUGGGAUUUUGGGACCCCCUUGGUCUGAGCAAGGGUGCCGAUGCAGCCACCAUGAAGAGGCGUAGGGCCGUGGAGAUUAAGCACGGCAGAGUUGCCAUGUACGCUACGAUGGGAUAUAUCGUCCCAGAGUACUACAAGUUUCCAGGAUACCUCAGCCCCAGCUUGGGCUUGAAGUUCUCUGACGUCCCCAACGGUUUGGCGGCGAUCUCCAAGGUGCCAGUUCUUGGCUGGUUGCAGAUUCUCUGGUUCAUCGGCCUCGUCGAGGGCUCAGGCUUCUUCUCCGGCAAGUACGGCCUGGGCUUCAUGAAGGAUGCCACCAUGGAUGGCACCCCGGGCGACUAUGGAGUCGGAUUCCCCACCUUCAUUGGCAAGGUGUCUGACCCUGCGACCAAGACUACCAAACUUAGUGCAGAAUUGGCGAACGGCCGUCUUGCGAUGAUGGCCAUCAUUGGCAUGUUCUUUCAAGAUGGUCUGACUGGAUCUGCCUGGGGCGACUGGGCUCUGUACACGGAUUCCCCUCUCCGUGCCGAAGAGACAGAAGAGAAGGCCCCUCCGCCCUUCGAUCCCGCUCAGCAGGUUGGCGCUCUGCCGCCGCUAGGCUUCUUCGAUCCUGCCGGUUUUAGCAAGGUCGGCGAUGAGGUCGGCUUCAAGAACCUGCGGGCUGCCGAGAUCAAGCAUGGACGGGUGGCGAUGAUGGCCGCUCUGGGUGGCGUGGUGCAGCACUACGUGAAGUUCCCCGGCUUCGACUCGGUUCCAGCAGGAAUGGGUGCCGUGACCACAGCUCCGGGCACCUACGGCUUCGUGGCCCUCUUCCUGGCCUCAGGGGCGAUGGAACUGGCAGUGUGGACAGAGGAUCCCAGCAAGGAGGCCGGAAACUUCGGUGAUCCCGCGGGGCUCGGCCAGUACAACGAGGAGAUGCGAAACAAGGAGCUGAACAAUGGACGAUUUGCCAUGUUUGCUGCGCUCGGGAUCAUUGCCGCUGAUCUCGCCACGGGCAAGGAUGCCAUGCAGCAGUUUGGCCUCUAG